AAGUGGACCAAUGCGGCAUAGAAAAGCAUAACAUAUAUCAAGUUUAUUCGUUUGCAAGACACGUCUCGUACCGGUCAACCUUUUAUUACGUUUUAUUGACCAAUUAUAUGAGUUUAAUUAGUCGAAAGUUAGCUAACAACAAGAAGAUAUCGUGAAAUUCGAUCUUUCCAUAAGAAUAUAGUAUUUUAUCAUGUAUCGCUUUGACUUCGGGGUAAUCAAUCCGGUUAGCAUUUCUCCUUAGAACCGUCGUCUCCCGAUUCUCGGUUUUAUCCGGUUUGAUUACGGUCUUGUACUUGAUCUGUCUAUUUGUAUAACAGCCUUUGAACUGCAGUAGUUAGUGUUCUGCAAAAACCAUGUCUUGUAGUGGGAACUGAUUGUCGUGUUCUUUAGAAGAAUUUACACCUGAGAAACGUGUAUCUUCGUGUAGCAUUUUCAUAACCCUUUCAAUGAGUAGACAUCUCUAAAACUCUGAAGGAGCAAGUGCAGACCAACUGUUCGAUAAAAUUCCUCAGAUAACGAUGAUUUCGAUAGUCAGAUCAAACGGGUUUGCAUUUCUAACGAACACUUCAAAACCUACACGCUAUUUAUGCUCUCAUCACUCGGUAGACCAUGCAUCGACGGAGUUGCAGGAAGAAGUUAUUCGCAUUGUUUCUUCCCACAUUGGUGGUCUUGAUGACCUUGAAGAAAACUUGAACAAGGUUUCGGUUUCUACAUCACCCAACUUCGUUACCCAAGUGAUUGACUCCUGUAAGAACGAGACUUCACCGAGAAGGCUGUUGAGAUUCUUCUCCUGGUCUUGUAAAGGCCUUGGCUCCAGUUUACAGGACAAGGAGUUCAACCACGUCUUGAGAGUUUUGUCUGAGAAGAAGGACUACACAGCUAUGCAGAUACUCUUAUCAGAUCUCAGGAAGGAGAAUCGGGCCAUGGAUAAGCAAACGUUUAGCCUCGUUGCUGAAACUCUGGUUAAGAUUGGUAAAGAAGAAGACGCAAUAGGUAUCUUCAAGAUCUUGGACAAGUUUUCUUGCCCACGAGAUAGCUUCACGGUGACGGCUAUUAUAAGCGCGCUCUGCUCAAAGGGACAUGUGAAGAGAGCAUUGGGAGUUAUGCACCAUCACAAGGACUUAGUAUCCGGUAACGAACUGUCUGUGUACAGAAGUCUUUUAUUCGGUUGGUCGGUUCAAAGAAACGUGAAGGAGGCAAGGAGAGUUAUACAGGAUAUGAAAUCAGCAGGGAUUGCUCCGGAUUUGUUCUGUUACAACACGAUGCUUACAUGCCAAUGCGAAAGAAACGUUGCUCGAAACCCUUCUGGUCUCGUCCCUGAAGCUCUGAACAUUAUGUUGGAGAUGAGGUCUUACAGAGUCCAACCUACGUCUCUUAGUUACAACGUAUUGCUUUCUUGCUUGGGAAGGACGAGGAGGGUGAAAGAGUCUUGCCAGAUUCUAGAACAGAUGAAGAGAUCAGGGUGUGAUCCAGACACAGCGAGCUAUUACUUCGUUGUGAGGGUGCUGUAUUUGACAGGGAGGUUUGGUAAAGGCAACCAAACGGUGGAUGAGAUGAUCGAGAGAGGGCUCAGACCCGAACGCAAAUUCUAUUAUGAUUUGAUUGGAGUUCUUUGUGGUGUCGAGCGGGUGAAUUUUGCUCUUCAGCUGUUUGAGAAGAUGAAGAGAAGCGCUGUGGGUGGUUAUGGUCAGGUGUAUGAUCUGCUCAUAGCAAAACUAUGUAAAGGAGGAGAGUUUGAGAAAGGAAAGGAGCUUUGGGAAGAGGCAAUGUCACUUGGUGUUACGCUGAGUUGCUCCAUUGAGUUACUUGAUCCUUGUGUCACAGAGGUUUUCAAACCCAUGAAGAAGAAAGAAGAGGCUGCUUUGGUGGAUCCUCGUGCACUCAACUUAAAGAUUCGUCCUAGGAUGGAUAGAGCCAAGCCGAAAGUGAAACCGAAACCGAAACGCAGGAGCAAGACGAAGAAGAACAUAUGAUGUAGCAGCAAACAAUGUAUGUAUCGCAAGAUAAAACUCAGUGACUUGGGUGCAAAGGAAGCAGCCACAAGGAGAAACUAUUCUGUUUUUACCCCUAACAAGCAGUUAGACCCAUCACAAAUCCUGUCCGGAGAUUGUGAUGAGCUUGAUGAUAGGUAAAACAUAGUUUUGGAUACAAGUCCAUGACAUUUAUAUAUGGCUAUCACAUGAACCCAGGAUGAUGGUAAGGUUUUUGACCCAGUUAAGCCCAACAUUUUAAUGUGAACCUGCGAAUUGGUUUAUUAUUCUGGUCUGCCCAAUACAUAUCUAAAGAAAACCAUCUUCCCCUCCAUUGAUCUGUCUCGUUUUUAAGGCUUACAACAGUUGUAGAGAGUACAUAUAUCAUAUCAAAUAUUUUUUUUUAUGAUAAAAAAAAAAAAAAUAGUGUGCCAGCCAGGCA